AUGUCACCAAAACACUACUUCCCAUCCACGAGCGCCAAUUCUCUAGUCCCCAGAGCGCUACGAGCCCUUGUCUCCGCGAAUGACCAUCUUACCCUCGACUUUACCGAGCGAGUCGUAUCCAAUGCAUACCACGAUGAGUCCAAGGUCAGUAUCAUCGGCGGUGGGGGUUCAGGACACGAGCCGGCGUGGAGUGGAUUCAUCGGGGAUGGGCUUCUGUCAGCCGCGGCAUGUGGUGACAUUUUUGCGUCGCCGAGCGCCAAACAAGUGCUACGAGCCAUCCAGAUGGCGUCUUCGCAGGAAGGGGUGAUUUUGUUCAUUACAAACUACACGGGCGAUCGACUGCAUUUUGGUCUCGCGGCGGAAAGAGCGAAAGCGGAGGGUUUGGUCAAGAAUGUGGCUAUCUUACCUGCCACUGAUGAUGUCUCGAUUGGAAGGAGUAAGAGUACUAAUAUGGGGAGGCGAGGAUUACCCGGGCAUGUUUUCACGAUGAAAAUAAUCGGUGCUGCGGCCGCAGAGGGAUAUUCGUUCGACCAGUGUCUCGCACUGGGCCGGGCGAUCAAUGACCAGACCGUCACAAUUGCCUCGGCGCUAGAUCACUGCCAUGUCCCCGGGCGAGAGCAGCAAGCAUCCGUAUCAGAUGGUGUGGUUGUGAUUGGCGCCGGGAUUCACAAUGAACCAGGCCAAGUUCAUGUUUCCCCGGCGCCAUCCGUCGAGGAGCUAAUUGAGCGACUACUGAAGUUGCUGUGCGAUGAAACAGAUUCAGAGAGGGCAUUCGUCAGUUUUGCCACAGGCGAUGAGAUUGGCUUGCUGGUGAACAACUACGGUGGCCUGUCCGUAUUGGAGUUACAUGCGUUGGCUGAUGAGAUUCAAAUCCAAUUGCGCUCCACAUGGAAGAUUGAGCCAUGUCGCACACUCUUUGGCGCUUUUGAGACGUCACUGAAUGCCCCGGGCUUUUCAAUUUCACUGUGUAAUCUGACAGCGGCCGCGCGCAAGGCCAAUGAAUCGGUUGAAAAGUUGAAACUUCUUUUUGAUAGCCCAACGACUGCCGUUUCUUGGCCCAACACGACUCGUCCACCAGCCUCUUCAAUCUCGAAGAGAAAAGAUACAUUCGAUAUAUCCGAAGCAAAGAACAACGACUUGAAAAAUGCUUCUUUGUUCCUGAGAGACCCUUCGCUCCUGGAAAAGGCAAUUUGGAAUUCCUGCCAGAGAGCCAUCGCCGCGGAGCCAAAUUUGACCCAGUGGGACAUGAUCAUGGGGGAUGGCGACUGCGGGGAAGCUGUGGAGGGCCUUGCCCAAUCUAUCCUGCGGCGUAUCGACAGUGGAUGUUGUCGGUCUGGCGAUGUGUUUGAGGCCAUUCACUCGAUACUCCAGGAUGUCGAUAACAUGGGGGGUACAUUGGGCGCAAUCUUCGGCGUCCUUCUUUCCGCAUUCCUCGGCUCCCUGAAGAAGAUCGUUACCGAGUCCGAGUCCGAGUCCGAGACGAACUCACACUCACCCGAAAUCUACGCAAGCGCCCUCGCGUCCGCAGUAUCCUCGUUAAAAUACCACACGGGAGCACGAGAGGGCGACAGGACAGUCAUGGAUGUGCUUCUCCCCUUUGAGCGGGAGUUCAGUCAGUCGGAAAAUUUCGUAUCAGCGAUCAAGGUUGCAGCAGAUAAAGCAGAGGCCACCCGGUAUCUCAAGGCAAAGUUUGGUCGUGCGACUUAUGUUGGCGACUCGUCGAGUCAGGAAGUUCCUGAUCCGGGUGCGUGGGCUUUGUAUGAAGUUCUCGCUGGUCUUGCUGAUGGACUUGGGUUUGCCUGA